AUGCCGCCCAAGCGCAAUGAGAAGGGCGGCGGCAAGGUCAAGCCGACGACGGCCAAGCUGGUGGACGACAAGACCUUUGGCAUGAAGAACAAGAAGGGCGGUGCGGCGCAGAAACAGAUUGCGCAGCUGACGUCUCAGAUGAAGAGCAGCGGCAACCCGGAGCAGAAGCGCAAAGAGGCCGAGAAGCUGGCACGCGAGCGCGAGAAGAAGGCGGCCGAGGAGGCACGCCGCGAGGCGGAGAUGCUGACGAAGACGGUGCAGGUCCAAAAGGUGCCCUUCGGCGUGGAUCCCAAGACGGUGGUGUGUAUCUUCUUCAAGAAAGGCAACUGCGACAAGGGAAAGAAGUGCAAGUUCUCGCACGACCUGGAGGUGGAGCGCAAGACGGAGAAGCGCAGUCUGUACACGGAUACACGGGAAGAAGACGAGGCAGAGGCGAAGAAGAAGGAGACAUCGGCCGACUGGGACGAGGAGAAGCUGCGGUCGGUGGUCAUGUCGAAAAAGGGCAACCAGCGGACGACGACGGACAAGGUCUGCAAAUACUUUAUCGAGGCCAUCGAGGACGGCAAAUACGGCUGGUUUUGGAUCUGCCCCAACGGCGGCGACAAGUGCAUGUACAAGCACGCUCUGCCACCAGGAUUCGUCCUCAAGACCAAGGAACAACGCGCCGCCGAGAAGGCCCUGCUCGACAAGUCCCCCCUCAAGACCCUCACCCUCGAAGAAUUCUUGGAAUCCGAGCGCCAUAAGCUUGUUGGCCCGUCGACGCCUGUCACGCCCGAGACAUUUGCCAAGUGGAAGAAGGAUCGCCUGGACAAGAAGGCGGCCGAGGAACAGGCCCGCAAGGCCAAGGAGGCGACCGGUCGUGCCCUGUUUGAGAGUGGCAACUGGCGGAUGGACAGCGACGACGAGGCAUCGUCCUCCGACGACGAGGGCGACAACGACACCAACGGCGACGCCUGGAACUUGGAGACGAUGCGGCAAGAGACCGAGGCUCUGCGGCAAAAGAAGGAGGACGAGCGCUUGGCAAGCCUGGCUGGCGUGCCUGUCGCCCCCGAUGCUGGUGCUUCUGCAGAGGCAGCAGCUGCUGAGGCAGACACAUGA